AUGGUCUACGCAUUUGAGCUCCCCUCCACUGGCCAUCUUUCUUUCCAGACUUCUCUCGCAUCCACAUCACAUCCUUCUUUACCGCAGGCUGCCUCCACCGCCCGCCAUGCCUUGCGACAAGCCCUCAAGACUCACAAGCGUCUGCCCCGCGGCGCCCAACGCGACGCGAAUCUGCCCUCCAUCCUGACCGCAAUCACCGAAUAUCUUCCCUACCUUCUCACGAUCUCCAAAGCCCUCAACACGACACCCUUGGACCCAAACUCGCCCGUUACAUCCGUCGAUCUCACCCUCCGCAGCGACAUUCAGCCGGAAUGGCGUCCCACGCUGACAGCCAACACUGCGACCCGCGCAUUAAAACACCCAGCGCCCCGCGUUCGCGGACAGGGCAUUGACUUUGAAAUCGCUUUCGUUCUCACAACAAUGGGAUACGUGUUAAGCCAGAUGGCGUACUCGGGCGUCGUGCGCACGCUCUACAACCGCACCACCCCGACCCAAGAACAGCGCACCGUCGCUGUCCAAACCGCCACCAAACACCUCCUCCAAGCUAGCGCCGUACACACCCUCCUGGCCUCCAUGCCUCCCGUCACGACCUCCGGUGGCGGAGGCAGCAUCCUCCCGGACCUUGACCCCGCCACGCAGAAUGCGCUGUCUUCACUCGCCCUGGCCGAAGCCACCCUUCUGGCUGUCCUCAAGGACGACUCCUACGUCGCGGCCUGUAUCCAGUCGCGCAAUCCAAACGACAAGGAUUGGAUGGUGCGCCCCCCCGAGAUCCCGAAGGUGCGCGCGCACCUCUUCGCCCGGCUGUGCCUCCGUGCUGCCGAGUACGCCGACCAAGCAGGUGCGGGGCUCGGCUCAGUGCGUGUCGACGGAGGCAAGUCCGGCAUUGACGAGGACCUGACACGGUAUGUCGCGGUGCUGGGGCGCGUGGCGCGCGCGAGAGCCUGUCGAUUCUUCGGGGUGGAUGCCGAACUGGCGGGAAAAAUUGGUGAGGGGAUUGCUUGGCUACGGGCGGCGAAGGGCGCACUGGGCGUUCGGGGCGCUCGCCCCGAUGAGACGGAAACGAAGAGCCGGGGGUUGUCGCGGCUGAAGCAGGGGUGGAUGGAGCGACGGGAAGAACGUCGCAUGGAGAAGGAUGCGGGCAGUCGGGAUUAUCACGAAAAGGGCGAGCUAAGUCCGGGCGACCAUGCCGGGCGUGAGGAGGAGGGGCGUGUGAUCGAGAUGUUGGAGACGAAGUGGGUACGGAUGAACGAUACAAUAAAUACACAGCUGAUUCCGCCCUCUGCGGACCUCCAGGCGAAUCUGCCUUCAGGCCGAGAUAUCCAUUCACCCCCGGGGCCGUACAAGAUCCCGACCCUGGACGCAGAGGAGCUGGCGCAGAUGCGCGCACCGCCCAUGGCAGACGAACUGGGAAUGAGCAGUGACAUGGACAGUGACGAGGAGCCGGUCGGGGGACUGAGAUCUACCACUCCUGGUGGACUCCCCGAGCGGACAGACAGUGCCUACUAUUAG